UUACUUUACUUUUAAAUUUCAGAUGCAUGCUGCUCGAACUGGUCAUUCUGGAUUUUCUGAGUCUACAGAAGAAAUAAAACCACUUACAGAAGAAGAGAAGAAAGAGCAAUUAGCCAAGAUUCAGGAACGUUUGAAGCAGAAACAAGCUGAACGGUUAGAAAAGGAAAAGAAAGAUAACAUAGAGAAGGAGAAAAUGCGGAGAAAACAAGGAAAAGAACUGAGUUCAAUUAAAGAGCAAAUGGAAAUGGAUGAAAUGAAACGACAAGCAGAACUCAAAAAAAGAGAAAAAUUGGAGGAAAAGAAAGCCAAGGAACGAGUGAGGGAACAGAUUGCAAGAGACAAAGCAGAAAGAGCCGCCAAGUUUGCUAAAACCAAUACAGCAACUGCUCCACCCCCCUCUGCUCCUGCUCCAGCUGCUACAUCAUCUAAACCUGCUGAUGUACAAAAGAAAGAAUAUACACAGACUAAGUUACAGGUGAAACAAAAUCAUAUAUUUAGAUGGUUAAACAAGAGCAUUUGUGUAUCUACAAUAUCACUUUUGUUGUGUUUUGUCAGUAGGUAUUUCUAAGAGGUUUAUCCAUUC